CUGUUUCCAUCACACAAACUCCCUCCACAAUCUCAUCUCUCUCUCUCUCUCUAUUAGAUCUAAGAAAAGAGAAAAAAAAUCAUGAUCAGUAACUUGAUUUCAAGCUUGAACAAAAAGCUACAGGCGGUUGAAAUCAGUAAUCGCUGCAAACGAACCAAGAAGACGACGUACGUCUACAGAGACGAUCUAACCAAGAAGAAGCACUCACCACCCUUGUCAUCGUCGUCACCGCAGCACCAGCCGGCGGAGAUUAAGAAAGUGAAGAAGAGAGUGAGAUUUGCUGAUACAGAACCGGUGAUAAUCGCCAUUAGUACCGACAGAGAGGAGGAGGAGGAGGAAACAGAGAAGAAAGUAGUGAGAAUUACGGUGAAAUUGACGAAACAAGAAGCGAAUCGAAUGCUUUCGAGGUGCUCCAAUGGCGGAGUUCUUGAAUUCGGAGAUGUGGCUUCAGAACUCUUGAGGAUUCCUCCAACUCGAGUUAGUUCAUCUUUGGUGGCCAAUUGAAUUUGCCCCCUUUUUUUCUUCUUCUUCUUUAACUUCUAGGAGAGAAUUUCCAAGAGAAAUUAUAUUCGUUAUUAUUAUUUUUCAUUUUUUGAAUUUUGCUUUUGCUUUUUAGUUUUUUUCUUGAGAUUAUUAAAGCAAUAUAGGGUUGUAAAUGAUAUGAUCAUUUUGUAUAAAUUAUAUUUUGAGUUUAUAAAUUUGCAAGUUAACUUUC